GCACCUAGUGUGGCCUUAGCCUUAUGCUUUUGAGGAAGUACGCUUUCUGUCAAACUUGAACAAUGGAGAAGGCUAAAAAAAUGACAGUUUAUUAAAUUCCGCGGAGGCAAGUAGCCGCGUGUUUCUAUUUUGUAUUUUUUAAACUUUGCGAGUGUUUUAUCAACUUUUAAAAAAUAAAAUUCUUUUGUUGUAUUACCUAAAUCGUCGUUUAAUCAGUGAAGGGGUGCUACGGGUUACUUUUGGGAGUUUAAGUGUUAAUUUUUGUUUUAAUGUGUGAAGAAGUGGGUUCUUUCGUGAUGGAUGGGAACUCGAAGUAUUACGAGGGUUGUGGACAGGAAGGUCCCAUCCGUUGUAUAUUUCUGUGCGAGUUCCACCCCACUGCUGGGCCGAGAAUAACCUGCCAGGUCCCCGAGAACUAUAUAUCUAAAGAUAUUUUUGAUACAGUCAGUCAUUAUAUCAUUCCUAAAGUGCAGUUGCAGAGGUGCACUUUGACUGUCACACUGCUAGGAUCCAAGGUUCUGGGGUUUCCUGUUCGGAUAGACAACAAGAAGUAUGCUCGCAACGCGUACUACUUUAACCUGUGCUUUGUGUGCGAUGCCUGGGCACGGACUGUGCACUUGGAGCCACUGGUUAAAAAGCUUACAGAAUAUUUAUUAUCAAUGGAGCUAGAGACGGAGUGGUUGUCAAAGCAAUCACUGUCUGGUGAUGCCAAGGACCUCAGCGGGCUGAUGCGCCAGGUCAUGCAGGACAUCAACAGUAGACGAAUGUGCACGCUUACAGUGGGCACUACAACGACACAUCUAACAGUGGUUCGCGUCAACAGCGAUCCGGCGCCAGUGAAGGACCACCAAGUUCCCGUGUUCCUGUAUAGCCGGCAGUCCUUCGUCGCUGACCAGUGGGACCUAACUACCAACCAAAUCCUGCCAUACAUAGACGGUUUCAACCACGUGUCGAAGAUCGCCGCGCUGACGGACGUAGAGAUCAGCCUGGUGCGAGCGUGCGUGCAGAACCUCGUCUACUACGGCGUGGUCACGCUGGUGCCCAUCUUCCAGUACUGUGCUGUAUACAGUGCAACCCCAAAAUUAAGGCAACUCACACGAUGUGCGGGACUGCAGCGACAGUGCGUGGAAUUCUGUGCAAGAACCCCUCGGCAGCUGCCCCGAGUGAGCGACCUGUUCCGCAUGUACGCGGGCAUGUCGUACGGCAGCACGGUGCGCGACCUGUGCCGCCGCAUGCGUCCGCAGGAGCUCGCCAUCAACGAGAGGAAGCUCGUGCUGUUCGGCGUGCUGGAGGGGCUCAUACGCAGGGUGUACAAGUUCCCAGUGACACUGCACAACGACAACGCGUCACUCCGCAGCGAGCAUAGUCAGUACAUAGCGCGUACUUACAACGGCCUCGUGUGCCUCGACGAGCUCUGCUGCCAGGGAGGCCUCUCCGCCUCGCAACUCGAGGAGCAACUCGAGAGGGACAGUGAAGUCAUAUUCAUUGUCAAAUGAGGACUAGUGAGUGUUUAUAGAAACACUGGCCUCAUGACUGUAUAUAGUGAGUAGUGACUGAGGAAAGAUGUUUCACAGGUUAUGUGACGUCACAUUCAUCAUCAAAGGAGGUCUAACCACGAGUUAUUCUGCCAGGGAGGCCUCUGCGCCUUGCAGCUCGAGUAGCAACUUGAGAGGGACAGUGAAGUCAUGUUUAUAGAGACACUAGCUUUAUGUAUGUGUACAGUGAGUAGUGACUGAGGAAAGUUGUUCCGAAGGUUUUGUGAAAUCAGAUUAAUGAAUGAAGUCACACAACAUGCUGUCCUGCUACGGAGGCCAAGGAGCGGGGCAAUUUCUUGACUGUUUAAAGGUUUGUGGAUGUGGAAAGAUGGCUCGCACUGUAUGACAUCACAUUCUAAAACCUGGAAUAAAAAUCAGUGUUUAUGUGGACAGAAGAGUUGUGCUGCCAGGGACGCCUCCCUGCCUCCUAGUGCUCCUAAUCAAGAUUUGGCUGGACUGGAGGAACGAUGACGUCAUGUCAUAUACUUCGUCAAAUCAGUACUUCGGUUUUUAGAACUUUCGUCGUGCAUGUAUGAUGAAUCUUUUUAGGUUUUCAGCUGAGUCAAUCAAAUAAGGACUUUGGAAUUUUUCGAACUGUUUUUAAUGCCGCUAUUGAGGCGAUUUGAUCAAAUGAUUAUUUACAUUUUGACAUAAUUAUCUAGUUAACUACAGAAGCCAAUAAAAGAUGCCAAUCCAUUAUAUUAUUCAAGGAUUUGAUAGUUGAUUUUUUAAAUUUCUUAGUAAAUUGAAAUUGUGUUCACUAAGAAAGUUCGUAAUAUCUAAUGUACCUAAGUAAUAAUCGUAAUUAUGUAACUGCGUACGUAAUAAAAGUUUUUUCUUAUAAACUAUACCUAUUCUAGUCCUUGCGGACUUCUAGACUUAAGAAUUUAGUUAGAAAAUAGAUGUCAAACGUAAGAACAUAAUUUUACUAAAAAUUUACUAUUCUAGCAUAGUUUUAAGAAAUUCAUAGAAUAUAAGAUUAAAAUAAAGAAUACUAUAUUUUUCGUACAUUACCUAAAAUACUUUGUAAAGUCCUCAAGUACAAAAAUGCAUAAAUACAUUACUUUAAUAGACUACAUUUUCUUAAUAUGUUAAAAUAUUGUUAAUUUUCUGUUUCAUAAAAAUUUAUACAUAGAUAGACAGACAGAACUAAUAUUUUAGUUUUGCUAGAUUUACCUGUUGUACCUAAACAAGAUUAAGGGAUGAUUCACACUAGACCGGAACCGACCGAUAUCGAUCUAUUUGAAGCUACGAGGCAUGACAGCAGUAUCCAUGCUGCCGUGCUAUUGGCUUGUCGGUCAACCUUUUGCAUCUUACGCUGUGCGACUUUUACAGUUUUCUGCAUUAUAUGAUUUCGUAAAGACAUGAUAUUAUACCUUUAUUUUAAAAAUAAACGCAGUUUGUUUCAUGUAUUGUAAGGAAACCAAAAUUAACAGAACUAAUGACAUGAGUGUUAGAAUAAAUAGUAAAAUUAUGUUUGGUACCUCUUACAUGAUGCAAAAAAAUCAUUAUGCAAUUCUCGAUAAUUUUUAUUUCAUGUCUAUUUCAUUUUUGUAC